AUGUCGACUUCACGGACGCCGACUACGGCGCCCUCUUCUCCGCCAGUAGAUCCGUUUGACGACCAGGAAGACGUCGGCCUCGUUGACGAAGACAUCAUCAAGGAAGAAGCAAGGGCGCGCUCUGCAAACAAUGCCCUCGAAGAAAAGCGCCGUGCUUCCCUGCUCAAGCAGCGACGGAAGAAGAAGGCUGAGACGAAAGCCGAGCGAGAGGCUAAGGCCCGAGAGUUGGAUGAGCUGCUGCAGAAAAGUGCAGCCUUUAGCGACAUCUUAACCAAGAAGACACAGGUUCUUGGUCGAGUGGGGAGCAGCAUCGAUGGCCAGAAGCUGGGAGAGCAUAACCUGCAGAUGGCCACGCAGCCCAAGUGUAUGGUUGGCGGCACGAUGAGAGAGUAUCAACUAGAAGGCUUGACCUGGAUGUACGAGAUCUGCUCGCAGGGCAUGAGCGGCAUCUUGGCCGAUGAGAUGGGUCUUGGUAAAACGAUUCAGACCAUCGCCCUCAUAGCACUACUUCGGGAACAAGAGCAAUACCUUGGACCUCAUCUCAUUGUUGCUCCCCUGAGUACACUUUCGAACUGGAUUGACGAAUUCCACAAAUGGGUGCCUUCAAUACCUAUCGAGAUGUACCACGGCAACAAGGCCCAACGAGAGGAGAUUUUUCGCAAGAAAAUCAUGAACCACCUGAAAUCUGGCCGGCCUACUGAAAAGUUUCCCGUUGUUUGCACGUCUUACGAGAUGGUCUUGAAUGACCACCAUAACCUGUCGCGCAUCAAGUGGGAGUUCAUCAUCAUCGAUGAGGGUCAUCGCAUGAAGAACGCUGAUGCAAAGUUGUUUCAACAGCUGCGCCAGUUCUCAUCCGCCACUCGUUUGCUCAUCACAGGGACGCCGCUUCAGAACAACUUGAAAGAGCUCUGGUCUCUUCUUCACUUCCUGCUGCCGAAUAUCUUCACUGACUGGGAGGCUUUCGAGUCAUGGUUUGAUUUCUCGGAAUUGGGCGAUGAACAAGGGACUCAGCAGUUCAUCGAGGACCAGAUGAAGCAGGAUCUGGUCAAGAAGAUCCACCUCAUACUUCAACCACUGUUGCUCCGGCGUAUCAAGCAAGAUGUCGCUGCAUAUCUCCCGAAAAAGCGAGAAUAUGUUCUCUUCGCUCCCAUGACGAAAGAGCAAACAGACCUGUACAACGUCAUCUCCAACAAGAACAGUGAUACCAGAUCAUACCUCGAAGACAAGGCUGUCGAAAUGAUUCGAUCGAAAACGACGUCUAGGGCCACCACUCGAUCCUCUUCACGUGCAAGGUCAAUUACCAAGAAAGAUAAGGAGGAAAAGCCGGUGUCACUGCCUCUCCGGCAGAGUGCUAGAGGCAAGGAUAGGUCAGCAUCUCCGGCAAACGCUUUCAGCCUGAUGAUGGGCAAGCGGGGACCAGGACGGCCUCCUAAGAAUGCCAAGUCCGAGUCAUCGCCCACCCUUCAGACGCCGAAGCGGAAGAGCCCGCCAACAUCCGUUGCGUCGGGCUCCAAGAGCUCAAAGUCUAGUCGGCAGUCAACUCCGUUGAGUACUCGAGGUCGUCGCCAUGCCGGUCGUUCAUAUAAAGAAGCCGAUUCUGACGAGGAGAAAAUGUCUGAUGAUGAGUUUGAAGAAAAGCUGGCCAGGGAAAUGGCCACUGAAGACAGUGACGACAAGCCUUCUGAGCCAAUGUCUGCUGAAGACAUGGAAAUGGCACAGACCCUUGACAUGGCUAAGAAGCAGAUCUCGCGCAAGAAGCUGGGCAACCCUCUAGCUCAGCUUCGACUAGUUUGCAACAGUCCUCACAAUUUCUACAACCCGUGGGCUGUAGCGACCGACAUCCCAGUGGAUGAAAGCAUUGUCACAGCAUCUGGCAAAAUGCUUCUCCUCGAUCGUCUGUUGAAGCACCUCUUCAAGAGCGACCACAAAGUGCUCAUCUUCUCUCAAUUUACUACGCAGCUUGAUAUUUUGGAAGAUUAUUGCAGAGAACUACGUGGCUGGAAAGUAUGUCGCAUCGAUGGCAGCAUCGCUCAGGCCGACAGGAGGGAGAGCAUAAAGCUCUUCAACAGUGAUCCAGAGUACAAAAUAUUCCUCUUGUCCACUCGCGCCGGUGGUCAAGGCAUCAAUCUGGCUUCUGCGGAUACCGUUAUUCUCUUCGACAGCGACUUCAACCCUCAGCAGGAUUUGCAAGCUCAAGACCGCGCGCAUCGUAUUGGUCAAGAGCGUCCAGUGCUGGUGUAUCGCCUUGCUACCAAGGGAACUGUGGAAGAGUCCCUCCUGCUCUCUGCGGAUGCAAAGCGGCGACUGGAAAAGCUGGUGAUUCGCAAGGGAGGCUUCAAGACGAUGGGUCAGAAAUUGAACGAAAAGGAAGAAGAUCUGGAUCCGGAAACACUGCGAGCGCUGUUGCUCAAGGAUGGUCAAGUAUACGAAGUGUCGGGAGGCGAUGAUAUUCUGAGCAAUCAGGAUCUGGACACGAUAUGUGAUAGGAGUGAAGAAGCGUUUGAAAAGGCGGCUAGAGGUGAUGGAGACGCGGAUGCAUUCAGAGUGGUAGAGACGGGUUCAGAUUCGAUCAAGAUGGCGGGAAAGGCUUGA